CGUUCAGCCCAAGGUCAAAGCUCAGGUUUAGGUGUGUGUAUAUAAAGAGCCGGACAACCUCCUCUUCAUCACUCACCUGAUACCUGAGCAUCAGCAGAUAUUCAACUGACAGCAGGCCUCCAGUCACUUUAUCAUCCUCCUCCUCAUCAUCAACAUGAAAGCUAUCCUGCUCCUUUCAGUUCUUGCUCUCACAGCUGCAGCGGAUUUGGCAGAUGUUAAACCUGUUGCAGAUGUCGGCACUGUUGCAGAUGUUGAAAUUGUUGAAGAUGUUGAAGCUCUUGCAGAUGUUGCAGCUGCAGUUCCAGAGCUGCAGAAGGACAAUCAGUUGGAAGAAGAUGAACUUCAUAUAAGUGAAGAAGAAUAUGCUGCCAUGUUAGAUGUUGUAGAGAUCGAUUCUCCAAUUAAAGAACGUUUCUUCAGUUGUCCAUCUGGUUGGGAACGUUACAGGAGCAACUGCUAUUAUUUUGUGAGCUCAUCCUAUUCCUGGAGCAGCGCUGAGUCCUACUGUGCCGUUCGAGGAGCUACCAUGGCAUCUGCCAGUGAUUUGUUUGAAUAUACUUUCCUCCAGUCGCUCACCAGCCGAGCAGGCAGCCAGACCGCCUGGAUGGGAGGAUACUACUUCCAGAACUGGAGGUGGUUGGACCAGAGCCGCUUCAGCUACACCAACUGGUACUCUCAGAACAGUCCCAGCAGCUACCCGUGCAUUUACCUCCGGACCGCAGGCGGCUGGUACAAUAAUGUAUGCAGUACUUCAAGGCCUUUCAUCUGUGUGAGGAGAACAGACACCUGCUGAACCUGACAGCUUAUCUGAACCAGAAACCUCUCAGCCUGAUGGAUGGUAUCUUGAAUAGGUGUUGGCACAGACAGCUUAUUUGAUCUUUUGGAAAACAAUAAGCCUCAAUCUGUCGCACGAGCUGAAUGUUUUAUAAAAUUAUGAUUUGCUGAUUACUUACUGCUGUAUGUAUGAAACUACUGUCUUUCUUUCUUUCUUUGUUAAGAAGCCACAGGUCCAUUGCUGAUUUCUUUUUUUUUUUACUAAAGAUUUUGAAGACAUAAAAGUAAUGUGUUUUGUAAUGUAAAAUAUGUGUAAUGAAUAAAGAUAUAUAUUGUGACAUA